AUGCACGAAUGCUACUGCGGUACCACUGUUCCUUCUGACAAGAUCGCAGACAGCGCCUGCAAUGCUCCUUGCGAUGGUGAUGCAACUCAGACUUGCGGCAACGGCAACGCUCUCCAGGUUUACAACAUUCUUUCGCUUCCAGCGCUCUCGUCAACCGGAAUCGUUCUUCCAACUGCAUCGCCUUCUGCUGCUGUGAAGAGUAUUCCUCUCGUCGUUGCCAACGAUGCCAAUGCUCCUGCUACUUUCUCUGGCUGCUACCAAGACUCGGUCAACGCUCGCUCUCUUCCUGUUCAAGUUGCCAACGUUGGCUCUGUUGAACAGUGUGUUGCUGCUUGUGCUGCUCAGGGCUUUGCUCUUGCCGGUGUUGAGUACACCAACGAGUGCUUCUGUGGAAACGCUAUCACUGCUCCUCAGAUCGCUGUUACGAGCUGCCAGAAGUACACCUGCAACGCUGCUCCGUCUGAGUACUGCGGUGGUGACAAUGCUCUUCAGGUCUACCGUCUCUCUGGUGCUGCUGCUCCUUCUUCUGCUGCUGUUCCUACUUCGGCUCCUACCACUGGUGUCAAGGCCAUUCCUCUCGUCGUUGCCAACGGUGCCAAUGCUCCUGCUACUUUCUCUGGCUGCUACCAAGACUCGGUCAACGCUCGCUCUCUUCCUGUUCAAGUUGCCAACGUUGGCUCUGUUGAACAGUGUGUUGCUGCUUGUGCUGCUCAGGGCUUUGCUCUUGCCGGUGUUGAGUACACCAACGAGUGCUUCUGUGGAAACGCUAUCACUGCUCCUCAGAUCGCUGUUACGAGCUGCCAGAAGUACACCUGCAACGCUGCUCCGUCUGAGUACUGCGGUGGUGACAAUGCUCUUCAGGUCUACCGUCUCUCUGGUGCUGCUGCUCCUUCUUCUGCUGCUGUUCCUACUUCGGCUCCUACCACUGGUGUCAAGGCCAUUCCUCUCGUCGUUGCCAACGGUGCCAAUGCUCCUGCUACUUUCUCUGGCUGCUACCAAGACUCUGUCAACGCUCGCUCUCUUCCUGUUCAAGUCGCCAACGUUGGCUCUGUUGAACAGUGUGUUGCUGCUUGUGCUGCUCAGGGCUUUGCUCUUGCUGGUGUUGAGUACACCAACGAGUGCUUCUGUGGAAACGCCAUCACUGCUCCUCAGGUCGCUGUCUCUCGCUGCCAACAGUACACUUGCAGUGCUGCAGCUACAGAGUACUGUGGUGGCGAUGACUCUCUCCAGGUCUACCGUCUCUCUGGUGCACCCACUACUGCUGCUCCCCUGCUGCCACGAGCUCUGCUGCUGUCAACGUCGCUACCAUCCCUCUUGUCACUGCCAGCGGUGCCACCUUCAGGGCCUGUUACCUCGACAACACUGGUGCACGCGCUCUCCGCACUCGUCUCGCUGAUGUGA